GUGAAGGCACUCUGGGUGGCCUGGGGACAGCAGGAGCUCCAGGUGGGGAUUGCAGCCCCAGCUCUGUGCCCCAGCAGGUCCCCGCGCCGGCACCGCUCCAGCUCCUCGUCACCAGCACGGCCCAAGGAGCGCCGGGACGAGGAGAAGAAGGAGCUCAAGGACUCCAAGAAGGAGCGGCAGAUCACAGAGGAGGACUUGCAGGGCAAGACAGAGGAGGAGAUCGAGAUGAUGAAGAUGAUGGGGUUUGCCUCCUUUGAUACCACCAAGGGCAAGAAGGUGGAUGGUGCUGCCAAUGCCUACGCCAUCAACGUGUCCCAGAAGAGGAAGUACAGGCAAUACAUGAACAGGAAAGGAGGAUUCAACAGGCCCCUGGAUUUCAUCGCCUGACGCUGGCACAGGCUCCCACCAUGGAAGGAUUUCUCUUCCCUGCACUCUCCUGGGUGGCUCCUGUGCUGGAUUCCAGAGGAAUUUGGGUUAUUCCCAACAAAUCCCACGCCCAGACCCGCCACGAGUUCCCAGAUAUUUGUUUGUUGUUUUUUUUUUUUUUACAACAAAGGUCAGUUUCUGGCUGGGAUUUUUGCUGUGUUCUCUCCAGUUUUGGUUUGUUUCCCUGUUAAUAAAACCCCGGAUGUAUUUUUUCCUUCAA